GCAGGGGGGCACCCGGCCCCGGGAGCGUGCUCAACCGGAAGUGGCUGCUGAGGGCGUGGGGCUGGGAUCGGAUUGUGGAACCUGCCGUGGCGGUUGGCAAAUUGUAGAGACUCAGGAUGGAGGCUGUGGCGACCGCGGCGGCGGCGAGGGAACCCGAUGAGGGCUGCACGGAGCCUAGUCCCGGCCACUGGGGGGAGCUGAGCUGGACACCGGUCCCACCCAGGCCCCAAGACAAGGUGGACGCCUCAGAGGAAGCACCGGGGGCUCUGGACAACGACCCCCCCGGGGCCGAGAGCCCAGCGGUGAGCGCCAUGCUGCGUGCCGUGGCCGCCAGCCGCCUGCCCGUGUGCAGCCAGCAGCGGGGCGAGCCUGACCUGACUGAGCGGGAGAAGGUGGCCAUCCUGGGCCGGCUGUACCACGAGAAGCCGCUGGUGUUCCUAGAACGCUUUCGCACGGGCCUCCGCGAGGAGCACCUGGCCUGCUUCGGCCACUUGCGCGGCGACCACCGUGCAGACUUCUACUGUGCGGAGGUGGCCCGACAGGGCACUGCCCGGCCCCGCGCCCUGCGCACCCGUCUGCGCAACCGGCGCUACGCUGCGCUGCGGGAGCUCAUCCAAGGGGGCGAGUACUUCAGUGACGAGCAGAUGCGAUUUCGGGCCCCCCUGCUGUACGAGCAGUACAUCGGGCAGUACCUAACCCAGGAGGAGCUCAGCGCCCGCACCCCGUUCCCCCAGUCCCCCAAGCCAGGCUCCCCUGGCACCCCCGUCUGCCCGCUCUCAGACCUGCUGCUCCAGUCCUACCAGGAGCGGGAGCUGCAGCAGCGGCUGCUCCAGCAGCAGGAGGAGGAGGAGGCCUGCCUGGAGGAGGAGGAAGAGGAGGAGGACAGCGAUGAGGAAGACAAGAGCUCUGGCAAAGACUCAGAGGCCUGGGUCCCCGACUCUGAGGAGAGGCUGAUCCUACGGGAGGAGUUCACCAGCCGGAUGCACCAGCGCUUCCUGGACGGCAAGGACGGGGACUUUGACUACAGCACAGUGGAUGACAACCCCGAUUUGGACAACCUGGACAUUGUGGCGCGGGAUGAGGAGGAGAGGUACCUUCAUCCACAGCCUGGGCAGCGAUGUUCCAACAGCCCUAUGUAGUAGUACAUCCGUAUCCCGCCUCCUAGAGGGAACAGCAAAGAGGCCCAAGGCAACCCAGCCAGCUACACCCCAGGAUCUUUGGGGUCCCACCGUUUGGAAAACCACAGAGAAGAGUGACAUCCCUUAGGUACUUGUGUUUGUGCCAUCAGUUUGUAAGACUGCACUUUAGAGGUAUCAGCCCUUAGUGACAGGCACAUUUUUGACUGAUCUAUCAUUAAAUGUGUUUAGUACAUAUUUUGCCAUAAACAGUUUUUUUCUUAUAUAUAUUUUUAAAAAGCAGUUGGCAUCAAGUUAAUUCUGACUCAUGGAGACCCCAUGUGUUCUGUAGUAAAAAGGAAAAAAGGGGGGUGUGUGUGAGAGACAGCAACUGAGUCAGAAUUAGGGUUAGUCAGAUGGUUGAGAAGUGAACAUCUAUGGCUGGGGAACAGAGGGGGAGCUGGUCACGGGCAGGGAUUAGAUGGGGAGACAGGAAGAGAGAUGGUGACAGAGGGAAAACCUCAGAGAAUCGGGCUGGGGUGAUGAGAGACACACCUCUGGUCAGCCUCUGAGCAACUGAGACCUGGAGGUGCUGGAGGCACCCUCCCUCCACCCCCAGUUGAGGUGGGGUGGGCGGAGGGGCUGAGUCAGGGACCAAGGGCCUGGGGCGGGGUGGGGGGUGGUGAGCCCCUUCCCCCACCCCAUGUCUCUGGUCUCUCCUGGCCCUGGCCCCACUCUGCUGGCUGCCUCUCAGCUCCUGCCUGUCCCUCCCCCCACGCCUUACACCUCUGCCUCUUGCCAAAGCUAAAACCUUCGCUCAUCUGUCUCUGCGUCUUCCUCCCUCCCUCCCUUCACUCUAUCCCUGUCUCUGCCCCUUACUGUCCCUUCUCCCUACCUCUCAUGCCUUUCUUCUUCCUCUGCCUGCCUUCCUCCUUUCUCUGUCACUUUUCAUUCCGUCCCUGCACCUCUCUGGCUGUCUGUGUCCCCGUCACUUUUCACCUUCCCUCUCGCAGAGCCUCCCUCCUUGUUUCCCUCAUUUUCCGCUGCCUCUUUCUUGUCAUUCCCUCCGUCUCGGUCUCUGGGCUCUGUCACAGCCCCUGUGACCCUGUUUCCUCAGCCCUUUCUCAGUUACCCCCCCCACUCUCUUCUGGGCCCUCAUUUUUUCCUAUCCCUCUCGCUGCUCAGUCUCGCUCUCGGCCCCCUCCUCUCUGUCUCCCAGGCCCUGGGAGGCCCAGCCAGGAUGCCCAGGUCAGCUUCACGGGUGGCCCCUGGGAGCCAGGAACGAGGGGUCCCCACCUCACCCUCACCCAGAGAGGAGGCGGGAGGAGGACAGCAAGGCUGCAGGCCUGUCUGGCCAGAAGGAAAUGUCUGCGCUGCGGCC